GCGACCAGGCGGCGGCGGUUGUCAGGGCGACGGGAGCUUGCAAGAGCUGCUGGUACUCGCGAUUGGAGACUUAGAACAAGUUUCUCUUUGCGGGCCUUGACUUCUGGGGUCGUCUUCUUGGGGUCCUCAGGAUGUUCUUUUACCUGAGUAAGAAAAUAGCCAUUCCUGAUAACGUGAAGCUGAAAUGUGUAUCUUGGAACAAGAACCCAGGAUUCAUAGCAUGUGGUGGUGAAGACGGACUACUGAAAGUUUUGAAAUUAGAGACACAGACAGGUAAAUGGAUGCAAUCUCAAAUGUCUGAACUUGAUGGAAGAUUGGCUGGUUCUGUUCAAGUUAUAGCAUGGAAUGAACAAUAUCAGAAGUUGACUACCAGUGAUCAAAAUGGUCUUAUCAUUGUUUGGAUGUUAUAUAAAGGCUGUUGGUAUGAGGAGAUGAUCAACAAUAGAAAUAAAUCAGUGGUUCGCGGUAUGAGCUGGAAUGCUGAUGGACAGAAGAUCUGCAUUGUGUACGAAGAUGGAGCAGUGAUAGUUGGUUCAGUGGAGGGGAAUCGCAUUUGGGGAAAAGACCUGAAGGGUGUACAGUUAUGCCAUGUAGCAUGGUCUGCAGAUAGUAAAAUCUUACUUUUUGGAAUGGCAAAUGGAGAAAUACACAUUUAUGAUAAUCAAGGGAAUUUUGUGAUGAAAAUGAAACUGAAUUGUUUGGUGAAUGUCACUGGAGCAGUCAGUAUUGCUGGAAUUCAUUGGUACCACGGCACAGGAGGUUACGUGGAGCCCGAUCGCCCCUGCCUUGCUGUUUGUUUUGACAAUGGGAGAUGCCAAAUAAUGAGACAUGAGAAUGACCAAAAUGCUGUUUUAAUCGAUACUGGCAUGAAUGUAGUAAAUAUUCAGUGGAACCACAUUGGUAGUGUGUUAGCUGUGGCAGGCUCCCAGAAGGUUGUCACUCAGGACAAAAAUAUAAACACUGUGCAGUUUUACACUCCCUUUGGUGAGCAUUUGGGUACUUUGAAGGUUCCUGGUAAGGAGAUGUCUUCAUUGUCUUGGGAAGGAGGUGGACUGAGAAUUGCAUUAGCUGUUGAUUCUUUCAUAUAUUUUGCAAAUAUUCGACCUGAUUAUAAGUGGGGUUAUUGCUCAAAUACCAUAGUUUAUGCUUAUAUGAGACCUGAUCGUCCAGAGUACUGUGUUAUCUUUUGGGAUACAAAAAACAAUGAGAAGUACAUUAAAUAUGUGAAGAACCUCAUUUCUAUUACCACCUGUGGAGACUUCUGCAUUUUGGCUACAAAAGCUGAUGAAAAUCAUCCUCAGGAGGAGAAUGAGAUGGAAACAUUUGGUGCAACGUUUGUGCUAAUUCUUUGUAAUUCUAUUGGCACACCUUUGGAUCCCAAAUACAUUGAUAUUGUGCCCUUAUUUGUUGCAAUGACUAAAACCCAUGUGAUAGCAGCUUCUAAAGAAGCAUUUUAUACCUGGCAAUAUCGUGUGGCAAAGAAGCUCACAGCAUUGGAAAUAAAUCAGAUCUCACGGUCUCGAAAAGAAGGAAGAGAAAGGAUCUGUCAUGUUGACGAUACUCCUUCUGGGUCAAUGGAUGGGGUGCUUGAUUACAGUAAAGCCAUUCAAGGCACAAGGGAUCCAAUUUGUGCCGUCACUGCGUCUGAUAAGACACUGAUUGUGGGUCGUGAAUCUGGCACCAUUCAGAGAUACAGUCUUCCUAAUGUUGGUUUGCUUCAGAAAUACUCCCUAAAUUGUCGAGCCUGCCAGUUGUCCUUGAAUUGUAACUCCAGUCGUCUUGCUGUCAUAAACAUCUCAGGCAUUCUCACCUUCUUUGACUUGGAUGCUCGGGUGACAGACAGCACAGGACAGCAAGUCAUUGGCCAGUUGUUGAAACUGGAGCGGAGAGAUGUCUGGGAUAUGAAGUGGGCCAAAGACAAUCCUGAUUUGUUUGCAAUGAUGGAGAGAACAAGAAUGUAUGUUUUCAGAAAUUUGGAUCCUGAGGAACCCAUUCAGACUUCUGGAUAUAUUUGUAACUUUGAGGAUUUAGAAAUUAAGUCUGUUCUUUUGGAUGAAAUAUUAAAGAAUCCAGAACAUCCUAACAAGGAUUAUAUAAUUAACUUUGAGAUACGCUCCCUGAGAGAUAGUCGAGCCUUGAUUGAGAAGGUUGGAAUUGAAGAUGCAUCGCAGUUCAUAGAGGACAACCCACACCCCCGACUUUGGCGCCUAUUGGCUGAAGCAGCUCUUCAGAAACUGGACUUGUACACUGCAGAGCAAGCAUUUGUGCGCUGCAAAGAUUACCAAGGCAUCAAGUUUGUGAAGCGCCUGGGCAAUCUGCAGAGUGAGUCCAUGAAGCAGGCUGAAGUUGCUGCCUACUUUGGCAUGUUCGAAAAGGCUGAAAGAAUGUAUCUUGAUAUGGACAGAAGAGAUCUUGCUAUCGGCCUCCGGCUGAAAUUGGGAGACUGGUUUAGAGUGCUCCAACUCCUGAAAACUGGAUCUGGUGAUGCAGAUGACAGUCUCCUUGAACAAGCUCACAAUGCCAUUGGUGACUACUUUGCCGAUCGCCAGAAGUGGUUGAAUGCUGUACAGUAUUAUGUACAAGGCCGGAACCAAGAACGCUUAGCUGAAUGUUAUUAUAUGUUAGAAGAUUAUGAGGGAUUGGAGAAUCUUGCCAAUUCACUUCCAGAAAACCACAAGGUGCUUCCAGAAAUAGCACAGAUGUUUGUGAGAGUUGGAAUGUGUGAACAAGCAGUAGCUGCAUUUUUGAAAUGCAAUCAACCAAAGGCGGCAGUGGAUACCUGUGUACAUCUCAACCAAUGGAACAAAGCUGUUGAAUUGGCUAAAAGUCAUAGUAUGAAAGAAAUUGGACCCCUGUUAGCGAGGUAUGCGUCUCAUUUAUUGGAAAAGAAUAAACCUCUUGAUGCCAUAGAGCUCUAUCGGAAGGCCCAUUGCUUUCAUGAUGCCGCUAAACUGAUGUUUAAGAUUGCUGAUGAAGAGGCAAAGAAGAGAACUAAACCUUUACGGGUGAAGAAGCUCUAUGUACUAUCAGCCUUACUUGUAGAGAAAUACCAUGAACAAAUGAAAAAUGCCCAACGAGGAAAAGUUAAAGGAAAGAGCUCAGAGGUCACCUCUGCUUUGGCAGGCUUUCUGGAAGAGGAAAUUCUGUCUACAACUAGUCAUUUCACAGAUAAUGCCUGGAGAGGGGCUGAAGCUUAUCACUUCUUUAUACUUGCACAGAGGCAGCUCUAUGAGGGAUAUGUUGACACUGCAUUGAAGACAGCUCUGCACCUGAGAGACUAUGAAGACAUUAUCCCUGCCAUUGAGAUAUACUCCCUAUUAGCACUCUGUGCAUGUGCCAGUAGAGCUUUUGGUACUUGUUCAAAAGCUUUUAUGAAACUUAAAUCUUUAGAAACCCUCAGUUCAGAACAGAAACAGCAGUAUGAAGAUCUUGCUCUAGAAAUCUUCACCAAACAUACUCCAAAAGAUAACAGAAAAUUUGAACUGGACAGACUUCUGGAAGGAGGGGAAGGGAAACUGCCAACAUGUGUUGCCACAGGAAGUCCAAUCACUGAGUGUCAGUUCUGGAUGUGCAGUGUGUGCAAGCACGCUGUUCUGGCUCAGGAAAUCAGUAACUACAACUUCUGUCCUUUAUGCCAUAGUUCAGUGGAGUAAAGAAAUGACAAAUUACAUAUAACUGUAAAAUAUAUGUAGCAUAUACACAUAGCUAUAACUCUAUAUAUAUUAAGGUUGACUUGCAUACAUUUUAUGAAAAUCAACAUCAUUAUUUCAUAGUUGUACUUUUAAACAAAACUGUAUAUAUGUUAUAUAUACAUAAUAUCUGUAUUUCCUAUUUGUCUAUGUCUGUCUACUUAUCUGUCUAUCUUGUGGUUGGUUAUAUAAUACUGUGGAAAUAUUCCAAAUAAGAAAUUUUUUCUUACAGUGUCAAGGUUUCUAAUUCAUUAAAAAAUUUUGGUGCAGGGUAGAGAAGAGGGAAGCAUGGGAAUGGGGCAAAGUAGAAGGUAGGGCACUGGCAUAACCUGUUUUAGAAGGUUGUUAAACAAUUGUAAUAUUGAAGUGAUCUCUAUUAUAGCUAGCUGUAUUUAAUGAAAUAAAUAUUGAUUAUCUUUUAUAGUUUAUAUUCAGAAGUAAGGAGAAGCAUUUCAAGGCUUUUUCAAAUAAUUUGAAUUGUUUCUAAUACCUUUAUUUUUUAUAUAGUUUCCUUUUUAUCUACCCCUUUAAUCUCAUCUAAGGGAUGGCAUUUAGCAUUUACUCUUUAUGAUACUGCACAGAAAACUUGGCUCUAUUUGUAAUGAUAUAGAUUUAUACAGAAACAUCCAUUUUGUAGUUAGUUUCAGUUGAAACAUUGUCAUUAAGCCAGACCCUUCAUUUAAACAACUCUCAGGCUGAAGGCAGUUAUUCUUCCUCAAGAUAUGUUUAUUUUGACUUAUGAUUAAUUAAAAGAAAACAUUAUAAUCAGUAAUGGGUAACCUCUUACCUGUUUUAUAUUGCUAAUAAUGUUCAUCAUUUAUUUCUUCACUUAGGACUCCUCAUUUUGUGGCUGCAGACCAGACUCUAGCACUAUUUUAUCAAGGUUAUUUGCUGAGUCUGGCUGAUGUUUAGUAGAGGCAGUGGAUAAAGAGGAAUAUACACCAUUGCUAGUGUGGUAUUGCUAGUAACACAUGGCUGUGAUACUAGGUCAAUCAACUCUCUCAAUGUGAUGUUUCUGGCCUUUUACAGAGAAAGUGAAGCCUGUUGCCCGUUAAGAAUAGUGAACUAUGAGAAGAGGUUUAGAGCCUAGAUGAGCUUACUAUAGAGGGCUCAUGUGCCUAAUCAGAAUGAAAAGACCAGAAGUCUUAGAAGUGUCUGUGGUCAUGUGCCUUGUGGGAAGUUACCUUGAUACAAUGGUAGCCUCCAAAUACACUUCUAAGCAAGCCAUUCCAGAGGUCAAUGAACAGAAAGGGUUACAAACCAAAUGGGAACACUCAAGUCACAUGCUUUACUGAAUCAAUCUGGAAUACACAGUGAGGAGCAAGGGGAAGAUGAUCGGGCAGAUAGGGUACAAGUAGGGUAGAAAGAUGACAGUACCUGAAUCCUGAGUUAUAUACUGUUCUAAUGUCCUCUCGCUCUGCCUCGUCAGCCAACACCCCCGGCCCCCGACCCCACAAUAGUGUGGGGAAGGGGACCAGAGUUGAGGUUUAAGCGGGGGACCCAAUCAGAUGGAAUGUGCCCGAGGCCAGUGAUGCACACUUUGUCUAAAGAAGAGGCCCUGGGGCAAGUACACCUGGCCGCAGCUGUUAGUUCCAAUUUGCCUGUUGAGCAGUAAUGGAUUCAAUUCUAUUUCUUGGGUAGGGGAUUGGCCAGAAUAAGUAUCAGGAUGGGCAGUUGAAUCAAGGCCUCACACCUAUUGAGCACUUUAUAGGUUUCAUGCAUAUUUAGUGUGUCAUGAAUAAUUAGUGCCUUGGUUGUCUUUUAUAUUUUUAGUGCCUCAUCCAUUUUAGGUAUGGUCACACAUAUAUGCUCCAUUUACUUUGUCAAUGUGCCUCGUAAGUUACUUAACACAAUGAAUUUCAUCUGCCUCAUUUGUUUUCUUCUAUGACAGAAUAGAAUAUUUCCUAAACCAGGAAAUAACAUCCUAACAAAAACAUCAGCCCUAAGGAAUAUAUCUCCUGUUGAACUUAAUUACAUCAUUCUACCAGACAUUAUAUUUUCAGGAUGAAACUAUUUUCUGCUUCAUCAGUGAAAAGAGAAAUUUUUCAGGGACAUAGGCUGAAGAUUUUAGGGACAUAGUUACCUCAGAACUAUAUGGUCAGAGUUGUGAUUCUUGGUCUAUGUUCUAAUGCCUGAGUAUCUCUUCUUUCCCUGUUUCCCAUCCCAGGGAUCAGCUCAGAACUCAAAGUUAGAUUGUCAUUCAUCUAGAACUUCCUAUGACUUGCUGACUACACUUCCAUCUGCCUCAGUUCCACAAUUAGCUGUUGGCUUCUUAGGCCUUUCCUAACAUGUCUUUUGGGAACUCUCUUUUGGAGCUUUCUUGUUUGAUGCUAACUCCAUUCCACCUGAGCCCUAGAAUUUUCCUCCAACUAAUUAUUUCAGAUAGAUCCUGAGUUGCUCUCACUACUUCUUAUUCAGUUUAAUCCAGAUAGUAAAAUCUCUAAAAACAACUUCAUACUUUGUAGACCUAAUUAUUCCAUAUAUGUAUACUUGUACAUACACAUACAUGUAUAUACACUUAUACACACAUACACACACACACACACACACACACACACAUAUAUAUAUAGACACCUCUUUUCAACUAUUGUAAACAUCUUUGACUGUUUGGGAGUUAUAUCUGUGAGUUUUAGUGAUUUACCAUAAUGUCUUAGAGGCCUUUAUCUUGCUUGAAAAUGGUACUGUAGAAAGACCCACACUAGGAGUUGACCCAGUUGGUUUUUUUCAACAUGAAGGAAAUUUCAGGAUAAUAACACCAACUAAGUCUCUCCUGAUGAAGGGGCAAAGAGAAGCAGAACUGUCUAUGUAGAACAAAUACUUGGAAGUUAGAUAGACAGAAUGAGGCAGUGUAUUGAAAACAUUACAUUGAAACACUUAUUUGGUUUCUUCUUGUAAUAAACAUGAACUGGCUUUAAGUAAUGCUGAGUUCUUUGUCAUAAAACUUGGCCUGAGUUAAGUUUCAGAGUAUUAAUGUGAUGGAACUGACUGAUAAAGCUAUUCUUGCAAGCAAUGUGUCUUACAACCAACAUACCUUGUUAACCUGCUAUCAUGCACAAAUGCUAAUUUUAUUAUACAUUUUUUUCUAAAAUAUUUUGAAAUGACCUUUUUGUAUUCCAGGCGCUGAGAUUUUAGGUUUUCUGUAGGAUUAAGCAAAAAUAAAUAUGAAAAUAAUAAAUAUUGAAGUAAAGAUGA